CUAGUCUUUUACUACUAACGAAAUAAGGAAGGGUAUUAAUGUCCUCUACCAACGUCAUCUCUUUCGACAGCAAUUCCGCCUACUCCCAAUCCCCCCAACGACAAAAAAUUCAACUUACUUUCUUACCCUUUUCCUUUUACUUCUUCCGCCAUUAUCAUUUUUCUUACCUCUUCUGCUCUUCUUCUUUCUUCUCCUCACUUCACUCGAAAAUGGACAUUCUUUUCUUUGAUUACGAGCUUAAAUCUUCUGGUAUUGUCUAGACUCUACACUCUUAAUUCCCAUAUUUUCUCUCUCCAAAUUCUCUCUCCUACUACUUCUCAAUUUCUCCCUCUUACCAUGGAUAUCAACACCACCAUCGUCGAAAAUUUGGAUCCAUUGAGAAAAAGGACUGGUGGGUUAAGAACUAAACAAGCGGGGAGAGGUUCGUGCCGCGGAAGUUAGCCUUUUUUUAUUUAUUUAUUAAUUAGUAGAAGGCGUAUGAUGAGAAAGGUGCGCACACGUCAAAACAUAUUAUGAUCAAAACAUAUUAUGAUUAGACAAAGGAUAUCAAAAUUGCAAAAUGUAUGAGCUAUGUAUUUAGCUAACACUUGUUAUUUACUUUAUUUGAGAUUUUAUCGAUUUUGCUGUUUCCUGUUAAACACGUCGUUUUUAAGACAUUUCGUUACCCGAAAGUGAUGGGUUACUUGUUGAAAGAAGUUCUCAAGGCUAUAUGUGGAGUUAAUCAAUGGUCUUAUGCCGUUUUUUGGAAAAUCGGUUGCCAAAAUCCUAAGCUACUGAUAUGGGAAGAAUGCUAUUAUGGAUCAUCUUCGAGUGCGGCCCAGAAUCGAUGUUUGCAGAAACAGGAAGGUUAUAAUAAUGGGGCACAAGUGGGUGAGAAAGUGCAUAUGCUUAUGGAUAGGAUGAUGAUGUCUAACCAUGUUAAUGUGGUUGGAGAAGGGUUAGUUGGUCGAGCUGCAUUUACAGGAAACCAUCAAUGGAUUGUCUCUGGAUUAUACAAUGAAAUUGCUCACCCAGCUGAGGUUCUGAAUGAGGUUCGCCAUCAAUUUUCUGCUGGCAUGCAAACAAUUGCUGUCAUUCCAGUUAUUCCACAUGGAGUUCUUCAGCUUGGUUCAUCCUUAACUAUAAUGGAGAAUGUUGGCUUUGUGCAUGAUGUGAGGAGUUUUAUUCUUCAAGUGGGUUGUGUUCCCAGUGUGUUCACCUCUGAUAAUUAUUUUGCUAAAGACGCUGCCUCCAUGUUGGGGCUCCCGGUUGCUGAUGUAACAACUAACCCUAUCAAUCUACAUGGAAAUCCAACCACGACGAACUAUAGUGGUGUAGCUGCAGGCAAAAUCAACCUGCAGAGAACCACUUCUGAGAUUCAGAGGCUUGCCAGUCAAUCAUCCAAUUGUCUUCUUACUCACUUUCAAGAUAACUUGCAAGUUAGUGGUUCAACAUUUAAAAUGCCUAGCCUGACUCAAGAUUUAAGCAAGGGCAAAGAAGAUCAUGAUGCAGUGAUGAUCAGUUCUAUUGUAAAUUCUGAUGUCCAUGCAAAUGCUUUGGUAGCAAACAAAAGCAAUCGAGGUGUUGUAAUGCCUUUGAAAUCUGAUUGUUUGAUAAGUCAGUCAACUUCAAAUAGUCCAGGAUCAGGGAUCAAUCGUCAUCGAUCUUUUGCAAGUUGGCACCCAACAACAUUGAAGCAGAUGAUGGUCUCACAUGAAGGUUCAGCAGAGGGCAAAGAUAGCACUUCAGCAUCUGUCUGCAACCCUAAUAAAUGCCAUCUUGCUGCUUUGAAUCAGAACGAAACCAUCUUGUCUGGAAAGUAUGAAUUUGAUGUUGGUAUGAUUGGUGAACAUGCCCAUUCUUUUCAAACAUCUGAUUCUGCUAAUUUGGAUUCUUCUAUCAAUGAUGUGUUUGGGUUGUUGAAGACAGAUAAUCCUAGUAGCACUAGCACGUUAACAGGUGUUCUCGAUCAUGAAAAUUAUACCAAAGAUGGUGCACUGAAUGCUAAGUAUAUCCAUGGAAAACUGCAGGAUAACGAUAGUUGUGAAGUCCUGGAAACACCUACGAGAAAACAAGAGCAUAUGCAAUCUGGUGGUUCCAUUCAUGAUAACUUUGGUAUUGGAAGUCAUGUAACAUUAUUGAAGAACUCUGUGCCUGAGAAUAUAUUUGUUCAAUCAUCAGCAGGAGAUGACUUAUUCGAUGUACUGGGAGUGGAUUUUAAAAAUAAACUCCUAAAUGGAAACACUAGUUACUUUCCUCCCAACAUCUCUGCAAAUUCAAAAAAUCACAUAAAGGAAUUGACAAAAUCUGUGAGCCUGCAAAAUUUGGGAUCUGAUCAGGUCUAUUCAAAUUAUGAAGGAAUCUCAGAAAGUGGUGUUUUCUCUUCAUCGGGUUCCGAUCAUCUCUUAGAUGCUGUGAUAUGUGGUGUUGGGUCUGGUGUCAGGCAGAUCUCAGAUGAUGAUGCUUCAUGCAAGACCACUCUGUCGAAGAUUAGUAAUUGCUCUGUCCCUCAUAUUCCUCGCAGCAACCCUCUGGUAUCUGGGCUGUAUGAUAUGUCAGAUAGGAUGCAGGACCAGAUUUUUGGGCUUUCUAAGCCUAUAGUUAAAUUAGUUGAACCAAUAGGAAAUCCGGUCAGGUCUGCUUGUGGCACGAAUGACAAUAGAAGCUGUACAUAUGGAUCACAAAUUAGUUCCUGGAUUGAACAAGGGCCUAGUACUAGUGUUUCUACUGCAAAUUCAAAAAAGUCAGAUGGAGGAAAAUCAAAUCGUAAAAGACUUAAACCCGGAGAAAAUCCUAGACCAAGGCCUAAAGAUCGGCAGAUGAUCCAAGAUCGCGUGAAGGAGCUGCGUGAGAUAGUGCCAAAUGGAUCUAAGUGUAGUAUAGAUGCUUUGCUGGAACGUACAAUAAAGCAUAUGCUUUUCCUGCAGAGUGUAACUAAGCAUGCUGACAAACUAAAACAGACAGUGGAAUCAAAGAUUGCUAACAAGGAAGGUGGAAUGCUUUCAAAGGAUGGUUUUCAGGGCAGUGCAACCUGGGCCUUUGAGCUUGGCUCCCAAUCUAUGGUUUGUCCGAUAGUGGUUGAAGAUUUGAAUCCUCCUCGUCAAUUGCUUAUAGAGAUGCUUUGCGAACAUCGGGGCUUUUUUUUGGAGAUAGCUGAUAUAAUUAGAGGACUAGGUUUGACCAUCUUAAAGGGGGUCAUGGAAGUGCGGAAUGACAAAAUAUGGGCACGCUUUGCAGUUGAGGCAAACAGGGAUGUCACGAGGAUGGAAGUAUUUAUCUCACUAGUCCAUUUAUUGGAGCAAACUCUAAAUAGCAGCACGGCUUCAGUUAAUGGUACAAAUGAUGACAAUAUGGCAGUUCUUCCCACUUCAAUGCCCGUCAAUCAUCAACUUGUUGCUCCAAUAGUUUGCGGUGAGCCAUCUACGAUAUAGUAUUUUCUGAUAGGAUAUGUUGAGAGCAAACAAUUUCUCACUUGCUAUGACCGACAUUUCCUAUGUCCUUGUCUGGGUCAGUGGUCUCUUGGUACCGAACCCCGCACUAAGAUAGUACAUAUGGAGGUUUAUGAUUUGGGUCAUCUAGGUAGUUGUCUUUGACCUCUGAAUAUGUAUGGCAUCUCUGUAUAGGUAUAUUGCCUAUGCACAUCGGCUUCGUUAGGAUUUUUUUCGUUUAUAUUAAUGUGAAUGGAGAGGGAUAAGGGUUAAAGUGCAACAAAAUGUAUAGAAUUACACGGAAAGGUUGGGUUAGGGAGGGUUUUUUUUUUUAUAAACUAAGGUUUGAAGAGUAGCUGUUUAUCUAAGAUGACUUCAACCUCUUUGACGCAUUUGAGGAUUUACAGAUGUGUACUUGGAUUGUGUUAAGGUCUAGAACUCCAGUAUUUAGAUUUUAGAUGUAUGAAUUUGUCAUAGUAGUGUUAUCCAAAUGCAGUUCAGACUCUUCUGAGGAAUUUCUAUAUCUACACACACCAAGUGUUUUUGCUGUAUUUUGAUUCAAUAGGAUUUAGGGAAAGUUUAUUACUUCCUCCGUUCCAUAAUAAGUGAAACACUUCUCUAAAAAAGCUUUCACAUAAAAGAGAGAAGUGUUUCACUUAUUAAGGAACGGAGGAAGUAUAAAUGAUAAUGCCUGAAUUUAUAUCAACCGUCUUUUGCCGAGACUGUUUUUGAAGGUGAAAAUAAUGAGGUGUGUGAAAUGCUCCUCCUCAAGAGAAGAGAAAAGAAGAGAUCAUUGUUGUUUGGUGUUUACAGUUUAUUCCUUAGAUUUAUAAGUUUGGCUAGAUUAUCUUAGUCUAAUUGGACUUUGAUUAUCUUAGACUUAUUGAACUUUGUUUAUCUUAGCCAAAUGGAUAAUCAUAGAGAGAGAUUGCGCGCGAUACAGUCCUUUCUUUUUUAUUCUUUAUUUCUCUUAGCCAAUAAAUUAUCUUGGUUUAACUGAAAUUUGAUUGUGUAUUUACAUUGAUAUAUAAGACUGUAACAUUAUUAUA